AUGUCCGCGAAAAAGCUCUUGUCAACCGUCGCUGUCCAUUACUUUGGCUUUACCAUGGCCCUGGACUAUUCUAUUGUAUUGGUUUCCGUGCAAGAACUGUGGUAUUCGCUCGGAGGUAGCGACGCUUUCUACGGAGUCAUGUUUGGUAGUUAUGCCCUCGCUCAAGCGAUACUUUCACCAUUAUUAGGCUAUAUUUCGGACUUACGAGGCUUAAAGUUCGCCGUUAUGUUGUCGCUAAUUGUUAAUGUCAUAGGAAAUGUGAUGUAUGGUCUAUCCGUUGUUUCACAGUCUCUAAACAUGAUGUUUUUUGGACGUUUUAUAGCGGGUAUUAGUGCCGGAUCUGUGACACUCGGGCUUGUGUAUUUGACAAACACAACUCUCAGAGAGACGCGUGGAAAAUCUGUGGCGAGCUUUAAACUUGCCCAAGCAGUCGGUCUUUUGGGAGGGCCAACGGUAGGGAUGUUUCUAGUACCGUUAUUCUCGAGCAAGGGCGACAUAGCGACGACAUUAAAUAGCUCAUUGACUGUUCAAGUAUUCAAUACAUACACAACCCCUGCUUGGCUGGCGACCGCGAAUGUCGUACUGUUUAUGUUGCCUCUUAUCAAAUUCUGUUUCAAGAAUCCACUGGCUCCACACAUGGCAAUGAAAUUUGACUGGAGAGAAGCGAAAGGACUCAUAGGACACACUUUGACCCUUAUGUUGUCGGUAUUUGUCGGAACUGCCUGUUUCUGGGGAAUUACAAGUGACUUGUUCACCCUAGCCUUUGGUAAAUACAGUCUCAUAGCGGAACAGAGAGACUUGUGGAAAGUUUACAUUUCCGGAGGGAUAGCUUUCGUGCUUGCGGGUGUGUUAAUUAGAGCUGGAAUUCAUAAGAAAUUCUCACCCGCCAUGUUUUCUAUCCUUGGACUUAUAUUUAAUGUCUGGGGUUUUGUAUUGCUUUUGGAUUACCGUGUUGAGGAUGAACGAUUGAAGAACGGGUUUUAUUUUGGUGGUGUCGCGCUGUCGACUUCCGGUGCCGCUGCAUUUUUUACUGGAGUAGGGGUUUAUUACUCUCAGAAGAUAACAGACUUCAGUGAUCAGGCCCGUAAUCGCCGCGGUGUUUUCCUUGGAUUUUUCAACUUAGCUGAUUCCAUGGGAAGAUUCGCAGGUCCAGCCCUGAUACCAGUGUUUUUACAUUUGUGGAACAAGGGAGGCAAACAGUGUGAAUCUACUAAGUUUGACACAACUAACUGUGAGGUGGAAAACAUCAAUAUUGUCCUUGCAACACUUUGUGGGAUACUGUCUAUAGAUCUGGUCCUUUUUGUAUAUUAUCAUAUUGUACAUGGCAAACGACAUAAUGAUGGAUUUUUGCUCACCAACACAGACCUCCCUGGCAGGUUUACAUUCAGAGAGGAUUUGGACGAUGUUAGAGAUGGGGAUGUAGAAGAUCCUGAUCAAACUCAAAUGGAGCUAUCUCCACCACAGAGGCACAGGACAUCUCGUACAUCAUCUUCACGUGCUUCUUCACAAAAUGGUAGCAUACAAACUCUAUAG